AUUGUUUCCAUCGAGCAGGAUCUUUAUAGAAAUAUAUUACGAAGUGGUGAUUCUCCGCAAAGUCAUAUUUUUUCUGGUGCAUCUGCCAACUUUAUUGCUGGGGCUGCUGCUGGUUGUACAACAUUGGUCUUAAUUUACCCACUUGAUAUUGCACACACUCGACUUGCUGCUGACAUUGGGAAUACUGAGGCACGUCAAUUCCGAGGCAUCUCCCAUUUCUUAUGUACCAUACACAAGAAGGACGGGAUUCGUGGAGUUUAUAGAGGACUUCCUGCCUCUCUACAGGGGAUGGUUGUUCACAGAGGCCUAUACUUUGGGGGUUUUGAUACAAUGAAGGAACUCCUAUCGGAAGAAUCUAAACCUGAAAUUGCACUAUGGAAGCGUUGGGUGGUGGCUCAGGCAGUCACGACCUCUGCUGGGUUGUUGUCAUAUCCACUGGAUACAGUUCGAAGGCGGAUGAUGAUGCAAUCUGGAAUGGAACAGCCAAUGUAUCAUAGCACACUGGAUUGCUGGAAGAAGAUUUACAGGACUGAAGGGGUGGCUUCAUUUUACCGGGGGGCACUUUCAAACAUGUUUAGGGGCACUGGAGCUGCUGCAAUCUUGGUUUUAUACGACGAGAUAAAGAAAUUCAUGAAUUGGACUAGAUUGUAGCAAUAGGGAUUACAUUUGUUAGGUUUUUCUUGUAAACAUGAGAAUUAGGGUAUAAUGGGGUAAAAGAAUUACACUCGGAAAAAAAAAAAAAGCAAUAUGUUUCUCACACACAAACAGUAGAUGAUAUUCAUUUGCCACUUUUACGGGAUCUGGCAAUUCAAACCCCUGAUAUUUUGCCAACUGAAUAAGGGCUUAAUAUGAUUGGAUAGCAUGUUCUUCCACUUUCAA